GCAGGAGAAGUCCUUUUCUCCUUUUAGAAUUAAGAAAAAAAGAAAUAAACCAUCUACACGCCCCUCUUCUUUCAUUCAUUAUAAUAAGAUAUACUCUUAUUUUAGCAUCCCGGUUGCGUUCCUUUGAUCAAAAACGAUAACGCAGUUAUAGUACCCCCACCCCGGGGUCUCACAUUUCAUUCUCCAUCACUCGAUCAGAAUUAUCAUGGAUUUAGAGUGUGGAUCAAAGCACAGCGAUGCCUACGAUGAACUUAUUGCUCGUGUGGUAGAAGAUUUAUUCUCUUAUAACGACACUCGACAAAAACGCAUUCUCGAUCAUUACUAUUUCCACGAUGCUACGUUUGAAUCCCCACUCUUGGCCACUAACGGUGUAUAUAAUAUUCGACACGUGUUGCUUCUUUGGAAAGCAUUAAACAGAACCCCACCAACUGUUACCAACAUCUGCUUUAAUGGUCAAACAUGUGUCGCGUACCUAACUCAGAACUUGUGCCCCAGGUUGUUUCCCUUUGUACAACUCCAGCUGCCUGUCAUUGUCACACUCAACUUUGAAGAAACCGAUGUCGAUAGUGGGUUAUUAAAGAUUGCGUAUCAUAAAGAGAGUUGGACAUUAGAAGGCUUACUACAAGCAGUUCCUAUUCUAUCUUACUGGUACGACAAUGUUGUGAGGGUCUUGAUGGGCAGAAUGAUUUCUUCGACGGGUGGCGUGGUUUACUCGGCAGCAGAGACAAUGCAUCUUUUGGAUUCUGUAUCGGCGUCAACGGCGGCAGCAGCAGCAGCAGCAACAACAACAACUUCAUCAUCUGCGGCAGGAGGACAAAAGGCAGGAGGAUCCUCAUCUUUAUCAUCUUCCUCUGAAUCAUCAUCCACAACAUCACUUCAAGAACCGAAUGGACACAUAUACAAGUCGAUGGCACGAGAAAAGUGGCAGAAAUAGAAUAUAUCCAAGCAUCCAGUUUAAACAAGAGAACACUGAAUCGUACUGUAUACCAACAUUAUCUCCAUAUCAUUAUUCCCCAACGUGCGUGUUUUAUUGUACAUUGUUAAAACUAUAAAGUAUGUGUAUAAUCCCCAUCCCGCUAGUUUUUUUGUAGAGAAUCAUUUACCUUUAUACUAUAUUAUUAUAUAAUCAUUCGCUUUUCUUUAACAGAAUCAACCUCUUCCAAG